CACUGUAUGGAGAACUAUCCAGAUAAACGCCACCCGAAUGAAGAAGUAACUUCACGUUACAAUAUAGACACAAAGGUGUAUUGUGUAUUACGAUUAUUGACGGUAUUAUAGUGUACGUUCACUAUACAAUGUGAUUGUACACGCUCGUGUAUUUCGCAUUAUCUAUCGUGUGGUGUCGCAUCAUUGUAUUUUUGAAACAAAAAUGGAGAAUGUAGGGAAGAUUACCCUAGUAUGGGGUAGACAAAAGAUCGAAAUCCCAGAUGUAAAUCUUGGCGAUACCGUGCGAGGUCUGAAAGAACGAAUACACAAGGAAACUGGCAUACUUCCGGAACGUCAGAAAUUACUGAACCUGAAAACCAAAGACAAAGCAUCACAAGAUGAGGAGAUCUUAAGGAACUUGGGCAUGAAGCCUGGCUUUAAGCUUAUGUUGAUGGGUUCUCGCGAGGAGGACAUUGCAGAAGCUUGUCACGCACCGAAGGAUAUGCCUGAUGUGAUCAAUGAUUUCAAGGUGGAAGAGGAAGAAAUAGAAAUUGAGAAUGUAAAAAUAUGUAUGUUUCAAAUCCAAUGUAGAAUCAAUUACUACAAAUUCGUAGAAUUGAAUCCAUUCAGAGAAGGAAAGAAACUAUUGGUACUUGACAUAGACUAUACAAUUUUUGACCACAAGUCAACAGCAGAAACUGGUGCAGAAUUAAUGCGGCCUUUCCUCCACCAGUUUCUGACAUUGGCUUAUCCCUAUUAUGACAUUGUAAUUUGGUCUGCAACCAGUAUGAAAUGGAUCAAUGAAAAGAUGAAAGUGCUUGGGGUCUCUAACAACCCUUAUUACAAAAUAGCAUGUCAUCUUGAUUCAAAUGCUAUGAUCAAUGUUCAUACAUCAAAGUAUGGUACAAUCACAGCAAAACCUCUUGCCAUUAUAUGGGGAAAAUAUAAACAAUUCUCUGCUAAAAACACAAUAAUGUUCGAUGACAUUAGGAGAAAUUUCAUCAUGAAUCCACAGUCAGGACUAAAAAUAAAACCAUUCAGGCAUGCACACAUCACCAGAAGAAAAGACAAGGAGCUAUUGAAACUAUCUCAGUAUUUAAGACUAAUAGCUAAGGUUGAUGACUUUGAAACUCUGAAUCACAGAAAAUGGCAAGAAUACAUAAUUGAUAAGACUAAAGAAGAAAAAAGAAAUAGGGAAGAAAGUGAAGGACGAAGCGAGUAAAUUUUUUUUUAACAGUGUUAAAUAUUUGUUAAAUUUUAUCAAUUCUUUCCACUUAUGAGGACAAAUCUAAAGUUCAUCAUCAACUAUCAUAACUAUAUCGAAAUUCUCUACAAAGAAGAACAUGUAAAAAAGAAUACAUCUUUCAAAUAUUCUUCCAUGAUUAAUACACAAUAAUAUUAAUGAUAAUGUUAACUAAUCAUUAUUCGCAUAUUUUCACACGCUUCUUUGUAUGUAUGAUGUACUUAUCAGU